ACUCGUUGAAAGCAGGCUCAAGUUAACAACGCGACGGGUGUUGAGGAAUUUUGACACAGUAUAAAGCUGGGAACAGCUGUACUGAAGCGAGGUUGCUGAAGAGUUUCCUGAAGACGGCGUCAGUUCAAGGAUGAAAAUUCUAGCUAUAUUCGUGUUGGUUUCAGUGCUAUAUUUGCCCAUUGUCACAGGUUAUGGUCGUGCCAAAGAGGGAAAAUGUCCUUCAUUAAAAGGGAAUGAAAAUUGCGCGGAGAAACUACUAAACAGUGAAUACAAUGCCACUGUUUGUCAUGGUCAAGAUAUUGAGUGCCCUGGGGACGAGAAGUGUUGUGAUGACGGCUGCGGCGAUUAUGAAUGCAGGCCAGCGAUUGGUCUUCCACCACUUCCGGAUAUAGAGCCACGAUGUUUGUCAGCUGAGAUUGGAGUCGGUGAUCAAUGUGAAUCAGCAAAUAUAACAUAUUGCCAAGCCAAUCAAUGCAAAAAAUGCUGUGUGCAUAAUAGCGUUUGUAGUCCCAGCAGUGAUUACAUCACGAAGGACGAAUGCGAGAAAAAACUCUGCAAAGGUAUCCUCUGUCCAGGCCAGGGUGAGGUCUGCCAGUUGGAUAAAUACCAUCGUGCAACCUGCGACUGUCCCGUUGAAUGCCCGCCUAAUUCGGGCUCGUCUCCGGUGUGCGGGUCUGAUGGCAUCACCUAUGAGAAUAAAUGUGAGAUGGACAUGACCGCAUGCGUGACUGGGGAAAGAAUUGACGUGGUGAAUCAAGGUGUCUGUUUACCCCCAACUCCAAAGGGUCCAUUGGAAAUAUGUUCAAUGCCAAAAGACAAAGGUUUCGGCUGGACAGUGGAGUUGAGAUACACUUUCAAUAAAGCGGAGGGGGUAUGCGAGGCGUUCAUAUACCACGGUAAAGGUGGAAACGAGAAUAAUUUCAACCGUUUUAAAGAUUGUGAAGAUUUCUGCUCUGACACAGUAACUGACGUGUGCAGACUCCCGAAGCUGGUUGGUCCGUGCCGUGCAGCAAUGCCAAGAUGGUAUUUCAACUCACGCGUCCAACGCUGUGAACGUUUCACCUUCGGAGGAUGUCUCGGGAAUAGGAACAAUUUCGAGAACAAAAAAUCCUGUCAAAAUCAAUGCAUUUGUAGCCUACCAAAAGCUCCAGGACCCUGUCUUGGAUAUUUUCCAUCGUGGUUUUAUAACACGGAAACUGGAAGAUGUGAAGAGUUCACUUAUGGAGGAUGCGUUGGCAAUAUGAACCGGUUUUACAACGAAGAAAGAUGCGAGACGGUCUGUGGUAGAGCCCAGGUUAAGCCAAGCGGGGUUGACCUGACACCUCGGUGCAAUGACGCAAGCAAGUUCAACUGUCGGACAAUCAAAAAAUGUAUUUCUGCAAGUUUAAAAUGCAAUGGAAAAGAUGACUGUGGGGAUAAUUCGGACGAAGAGGGAUGUGAAGACCCGUGUGCUAAUAUGAAAUGCGAUUUCUAUUCAAAAUGUGUUACGACAAAGAACAACACAGCCAUCUGUGAUUGCCCUAAAAUCUGCCCAUCUGAUUGGAGGCCUGUCUGCGCCUCAGAUAAUGAGACGUAUCCGAACUUGUGCAUGAUGAAAGUGCGAUCUUGUGAGAAUCAGGUUGAACUCACGAAGGUCAGAUAUGGAGAAUGCAAUGCGAGGGAAUAUACAAAAUGCGAACUGGAACGGACUGAAGGGGAACAAAAACUGUUAGUUGGUAUAUACAUACCACAAUGUGAAGAAGAUGGUAGUUACAGUAAGACGCAGUGUCAUGGUUCAACUGGUUACUGUUGGUGUGUUGAUGUUGAAGGGAACAAACUGGAGGGAACUGAGACGAGACUAUGGCCUAACUGUACUAAAGAACCACCACCAACAGAGGCACCAAUCAACAUCUGUGAUAUCACCUUGUGUGAGUUCGGAAGAUGUUUUGUCGUUGAUGGUCAUGCAACCUGCCGAUGUCAGUACGUAUGUCCACUAAUCUACGAACCAGUGUGUGGCUCAGACAAUGAAUCGUAUCCGAACCUUUGUGUCAUGGAGAGCAGAGCUUGUGAAAUGAAGAAACAUAUCAGAAAACAAUAUAACGGAAAUUGUGAACCGCCACCAACAAACGAACCCAUCAAUAUUUGUGAUACGAUUUCAUGUGAGUUUGGAAGAUGCACGGUUGUUGAUGGCAAAGCAGUCUGCAAAUGUCGUCCUGGGUGUCCUCGUAUCUACUCUCCAGUCUGUGGAUCAGACAAUGAAACAUAUUCUAACCCUUGUGAAAUGAAAAGCAGAGCUUGUGAAAUGAAAAAACAUAUUGAACUGCAAUACACAGGAAAAUGUGCAGGUGGACGUGGUGUUAAUACCAUAACACUUAAAACUGGAGAUCCAUGUGAAGACUUUGUGUGUGACUUCUACGCUAGCUGUAUACCACUGAGGAAUGGUAGCAGAGUCUGUGAGUGUCCUCAGAUAUGUACCAGAGAAUAUGCUCCAGUUUGUGGGUCAAAUAACGUAACCUACGGCAACCUUUGUGGAUUGAAGGUGGCAUCGUGCGAGAAUAAAGAGUUGAUAACUAAACAAUAUGACGGGGCAUGUGGAGCUAAGCCAAAAUCAAAGUGCGAAAAAGAACGUGAUGCUAUGUUGAAUCCUCUAUUGGUUGGUGUUUUCACCCCUCAAUGCGAGGAAGAUGGUAGUUACAGUAAGAUGCAAUGUCAUGGUUCAACUGGUUACUGUUGGUGUGUCAAUGCUGAUGGUAGUAAACUGAAGGGAACUGAAACAAGGUCUAGACCUAACUGUACUGAAGAAGCUAAGCCAAAAUCGAAGUGCGAAAAAGAACGUGAUGCUUUCUUGAAUCGUCCUCCAUUGCUUGGUGCGUUCACCCCUCAAUGCGAGGAAGAUGGUAGUUACAGUAAGAUGCAGUGUCAUGGUUCAACUGGUUACUGUUGGUGUGUCGACGUUGAUGGUAGUAAACUGGAGGGAACUGAGACUAGGUCUAGACCUAACUGUACUGAAGAAGCUAAGCCAAAAUCGAAGUGCGAAAAAGAACGUGAUGAUGUCUUGAAUGGUCCUCCAUUGGUUGGUGCCUUCACCCCUCAAUGCGAGGAAGAUGGUAGUUACAGUAAGAUGCAGUGUCAUGGUUCAACUGGUUACUGUUGGUGUGUCGACGCUGAUGGUAGUAAACUGGAGGGAACUGAAACAAGGUCUAGAAUCAACUGUACUGAAGUUCUUCCUCCAACAGACCCGCCAUUCGACAUUUGCGACAUUUCUCUGUGCGAAUUUGGUCGAUGUGUCAACGUGAAUGGCACAGCCACGUGCGUGUGUAACAAAGCAUGUCCAUUGAUUGAACGUCCUGUGUGUGCCAGUGAUAACAAAACAUAUUCAAAUCUCUGCGUGAUGGAAUCUGAGGCUUGCGAACGCAAGGAACAUAUUAGAGUGAAACACGAUGGGCCUUGUCUUCUCCCACCAACAGACCCGCCAUUCGACAUUUGCGACAUUUCUCUGUGCGAAUUUGGUCGAUGUGUCAACGUGAAUGGCACAGCCACGUGCGUCUGUAACAAAGCAUGUCCAUUCAUUGAACGACCUGUGUGUGCCAGUGAUAACAAAACAUAUUCAAAUCUCUGCGUGAUGGAAUCUGAGGCUUGCGAACGCAAGGAACAUAUUAGAGUGAAACACGAUGGGCCUUGUCGUACCGAAUCGAAAUGCCAGAAGGAGUUGGCUCACGUCUUAUCACUGGCGGAGAGGCAGCGGGCAGGAAUGCUGAAACCCAGCUGUGAAGAGGAUGGUAGUUACAGCCCUAAACAAUGUCACAAGUCGUCAGCCUACUGUUGGUGUGUAACUCGAUGGGGCAAGAAGAUUCCUAGAACUCAGGUUCGAUUCAUACAACCAAACUGCUCUCAAGCUGCUACGAUCGACCCUUGCGUCGAUGUUAAAUGUGAUUUCCAUGCCUCGUGCGUGCCGAUGGAAAACGGCGAACAUAUUUGCGAGUGCCCACAGUUUUGUACAAAAGAGUACUCGCCAGUGUGUGCCACAGAUGGUCAUACAUACGACAACGAAUGUUACAUGGAUAUGGAAUCCUGUCUGAACAAAGAACUAUUGUUUGUGGAGAGUCGUGGCGAAUGCAAACCCCCAUCAACCAAGGGACCGCCACUAGACCCAUGUAGUAUUUCCCUGUGUGACUUUGGUCGUUGUGUCGUCGUAAAUGGUACAGCGACUUGUGUCUGUAAAAACGCAUGUCCGUUUAUUGAAGAACCCGUGUGUGCAUCUGAUAAUAAAACAUACGCCAAUCUUUGUGUGAUGGAAGCUGAAGCGUGUGAACGCAAGGAACAUUUAACUGUUCAAUAUGAUGGGCCCUGUGAUGAUCUAGAAGCCCUUCCAAAAGCAAAUAAUCCUUGUGAGCUGACUGAAUGUCGGUUUUACAGCAAGUGUGUUGUCAUCAAUGGUAGCGCUGAAUGUGUUUGCGAUAAAGGAUGCACUAGGGAACUGGAUCUGAAGUGUGGUUCUGACAACAUCACAUACGACAACCUCUGUAAACUAAAGCGAGCCUCUUGUGAAGACAUGAGGGAAAUCAACGUGGUGAAUGAUGGAGAAUGUGUCGUUAAAAAAGACGCCCUUACAACAGUCGCUUCGGCAAAAGCUCUUCCAAAAUGCAAAAACUGUCCGAAGUCUGGUAAACAAAAUGUCGUAAAGAGCUUCUGUGAUUGGUAUAACAAAUUUGUGAUCGUCGGGGAAAUAGUAAACGCAAGUGAAAGUGGAAGAGAAAUAACUGUUAAAGUCGAGACAAAAUAUAAACCACGAGCAGAGAAAACCAAAUUCCGGCCGAAGAAUAUCGUCAAUAUUCUCGUCCAAAAACCACCGACAUGCUCAUGUGAUAACAUGGAAUUCAGGAAGAAUGAUAGAUACGUGCUUAUGGGGCAGAAAUCGAGAAGACGUAAAACCUUUGUUAUUAAGUGGAAGACAGGUUUUGUUGAGAAAGUAUCCAAGCCUUUAAUUGAAAAGUUAAAGAAAAGAUCAAAAUCCUGGGGAUUCUGCGCAAAGCAGUUUGGGAAACGCAGACAAUGAUUCAGUGAAGAUUGAACAAGGCUUGUUUUUGAAAUGUGUGUUUUCUACUGUAUUCCAGUUGUUGAUUUAAUUCUAUGCAGAAUAUAUUUGGAGAUUAAUUUGGUUUUACAACAUUUUACAACAAGCAAUAAGAUGUUUGUUUGCAAAAACAGUUUGUUUGGAUGAAACGGACAAUUAACUGAUAAAAUUAAGGAGAUGUUCCAUUAUUUUUAUAAUUAUAGCCACCAAUGCUGUAUUAAAGUAUUAUAUAAUAUCAUAUAGACCAUUCAUUGCAAUUUA